GGUAAAGCGAGGGACAGGCUUUCCUGUUUCAGAAAGGCAUAGAUAGAACACAACUGAAAAGGACCAAACUGUAGACGCGUGUUUUGAGCAAAUGUCAAUAAUACAUCGAUGAUAUUACUGUAUUAAACUGAGAGUGAGUGAGACUAAACAGAGUUCGCUCACCAUGAGUAACUACAAGCCUGGAGCGUACGGCCGUAACUACAACUACAACUACUCCUCGGCUCCUCCGCGACCGGCGGCCGUCCAGCCGCCGCCGCCGGGCGCCCAGAAGAGCAAGCAUGGCUACAGCACCAUGUCAUCCAUUGCCAGCGGCGCGCUGGCCACCUACAACUUCAACGCGCCCAAACGCAAAAUACGUACCGAGGAGGAGUAUUUCGACUCUGACGGCGAGGGUGAGGAGGGCCAGUCGAGCGCCGGCAUGGCGUACAUCCCGGCGCCGGGCAGCCCCUCCGCCUCUGACCGGAGGCGGGCGGGAGGCGGGUCCGCCUCCGCUGCCAAGGAGGACUCGGAUUCGGAGGAGGACACACUAGACGCGUUCAUGGCGUCCAUAGAACAGCAGGCCGGUAAAGGCAAGGGCGGAAAGGCAAGUGCCAAGAAACCGCCGGCGAAGGGGGUCCGAGACGACAUCGAGGGGGAGGACGACCACGAGUCGUUCUUCAGGUACAUGGAAGAGAACCCGAACGCGGGCACCCACAACGACGAAUCGGACCAGGAGAUUGAGUAUGACGCCGAGGGCAACCCCAUCGUGCCUGUCAAAUCCAAGUACAUCGACCCGCUGCCUCCGAUCGACCACACUCAACUCAAGUACGAGGACUUUGUCAAAAACUUCUACAUCGAGCCGGAUGACAUCGGCGCCCUGUCCUUGCUGGAAAUCGACCAGCUCAGGCACAAGCUGGGGAUCAAGGUGUCUGGCCCCCUGCCGGCGCGACCGGUCACAUCGUUCGCCCAUUUCGGUUUCGACGAGAGUCUGAUGAAAGCGAUCAGGAAGAUGGAGUACACCCAGCCGACUCCGAUCCAGAGCCAGGCGGUGCCUGUGGCGCUCGGCGGCAGGGAUGUCAUCGGUAUCGCUAAGACGGGCUCUGGUAAAACAGCCGCCUUCCUGUGGCCGAUGCUGGUACACAUCAUGGACCAGCCGGAGCUGCGGCCAGGGGACGGACCCAUCGGUCUGGUACUGGCACCCACCAGGGAGCUGUCACAGCAGAUCUACUCGGAAGCGAAGCGGUUCGGCAAGGUGUACAACAUCCACGUGGUAUGCUGCUACGGCGGCGGCUCCAAGUGGGAGCAGUCCAAGGCACUGGAGGCGGGCGCCGAGAUUGUCGUCGCCACGCCAGGUCGGAUGAUCGACAUGAUCAAGAUGAAGGCGACCAACCUGCUGCGCGUCACCUACCUAGUCAUGGAUGAGGCCGACAAAAUGUUCAACAUGGGCUUCGAGCCACAGGUGCGCUCCAUCUGCGACCACGUGCGGCCCGACCGGCAGACCCUCCUCUUCAGUGCCACGUUCAAGAAACGCGUCGAACGGCUGGCGAGAGACGUGCUCACCGACCCCGUGCGCAUCGUGCAGGUACUAUAA